CCCAGCGCAGGGCGGGCAGCGGGCGGGGGCUGCCGAGCCCCGCCGCCGGAGCCACGGCACCGCCGCAGCCCGCGGAGGGCUCAGCCUCGCUGCUCUUUAUUUGUUUUGCCUCCCCUCUUUCUUUUUUGCCUGGGGUUUCUUUUGGGUGAAUUUUUUUUUUCCCUCUCUUUUUUUAUUUAUUUAUUUAUUUUUUUUUUUAAUCGCAUUUUCCACCCCCCUUUCCCUCGUCACUCGCCCGGACUCUGCGGAAGGAAGAGCCCGCGCUGCCCCGCGGCCGGAGCGCCCCGCGCCCGCCCAGAGGGGCCCCGCGGAUGUGCAGAGCUCCCCCCGGAGCCCUCCCGCCCUCCCGCCGCCUCUUUGUCCUCACCCAUCCACGAUCUUCUUUUUAUUUUUUUUUUUUUUUUGAAUUUUUUUUUUUUUUCAAGCAGACCUGAGCAUCACCGGGGGCUGGGAGGGUGGGGGGCCCCGCGGCGCUGCCAGACCGACCCCUGCCCAUCGCUCUUAAGGAACUCUCAUGGCUUCACGGCUGCAGACAAGUUGCCGUGCAUCGUGGUGGACUAUCGGAGUUUGCAUCCUGGCAGCCGCGCUCCUACCAGGGCUGCAAGCUCAGACUGUCUUGGUCAAUGACUCCGUCUCGGGGUUCAUCGGCACGGACGUGGUGCUGCACUGCAGCUUCACCAACUCGCUGCCCAUUGUGAAGAUCACGCAGGUGACGUGGCAGAAGGCCACCAACGGCACCAAGCAGAAUGUGGCCAUCUACAACCCCGCCAUGGGCGUGUCCAUCCUGUCCCCCUACAAGGAGCGGGUGACUUUCCGGAACCCUUCCUUCAAGGAUGGCACCAUCCAGCUGUCCCGGCUGGAGCUGGAGGAUGAGGGGGUUUACAUCUGUGAGUUUGCCACUUUCCCAACCGGCAACCGGGAAGGGCAGCUGAACCUCACCGUGCUGGCCAAGCCCACGAACUGGAUGGAGGGCACCAGGAGGCCACUAAUUGCCAAGUCUGGCAGGACAGAAAAGAUCUUGGUAGCCACCUGCACCUCCUCCAACGGGAAACCCCCCAGCACCGUCACCUGGGACACGAAGCUGAAGGGGGAAGCGGAGUUCCAGGAGAUCCGGAACAGCAACGGCACCAUCACGGUGAUCAGCCGGUACCGGCUGGUGCCGAGCCGCGAGGCGCACCGGCAGCAGCUCACCUGCGUGGUCAACUACCAGCUGGAGAGGUUCACUGACAGCAUCACCCUCAACGUGCAGUAUGAGCCAGAAGUCACCAUCGAGGGCUUUGAUGGCAACUGGUUCCUGAACCGCAAGGAUGUGAAGCUGAUCUGCAAAUCUGAUGCCAACCCCCCAGCUCACACCUACGAGUGGAAGCUGCCAAACGGGACCCUGCCAGGGAGCGUGGAAAUCCAGAACAACACCAUCUACUUCAAAGGGCCCGUGUCCUACAGCGUGGCCGGCACCUACGUCUGCGAGGCCACCAACGCCAUCGGGACACGCUCGGGCUUGGUGGAAGUCAAUGUCACAGAAUUUCCCUACACCCCGUCUCCAAUCGAUGAUCACAAAUCCAUGGUGCAGCCGAACAUCCCCACACCGGUGAUUGGGGGCAUAGUGGGAGGCGUCUCGCUGGUCCUGCUGGUGGCCGUGGUGCUCUUUGUGGUACUCCGGCGCCGGCGUCACACCUUCAAGGGUGACUACAGCACAAAGAAGCACGUGUACGGCAACGGCUACAGCAAGGCUGGCAUCCCACAGCACCACCCCCCCAUGGCCCAGAACCUCCAGUACCCCGACGACUCGGACGACGAGAAGAAGCCGGGCCCCUUGGGCGGCAGCACCUACGAGGACGAGGAUGAGGAUGCAGGAGGCGAGCGCAAGCUGGGCGGCCCCAAAGCCUACGAGGAGGACGCCAAGAGGCCUUACUUCACCGUCGACGAGGGCGAGGCCCACCCCGAACCUUACGACGAGAGGACACUCGGCUUCCAGUACGACCCCGAGCAGCUCGACCUGGCCGAGAACAUGGUGUCGCAGAACGACGGGUCUUUUAUUUCCAAAAAGGAGUGGUACGUGUAGCUCCACGCCCCUCUGCUACACUCACACACACACACACGCGAACACACGCGCUCACAAACACGCCCACGAGCGAUGCCCUCCCUCCCCUGCAUCCCUCCGAGCACACCCACGCACGCCCCGGCCCCGCACAGACUUUUUGGGUGCUGGGGGCCAGCGGGGAGGGAGGGCGGCUUUGCUUUCGGAUCAUUUUUUG